AUGAGUUCAUCUCAAGUAGGAUAUUUAGUGACGGCAAAUAUAAUUACUGCUUUUGGAGGAGGAAUAUUAUAUGGUUUAUAUUAACUGGCUGGCGAUUACCUAACAACCUUUUUUUUCAUGGUACAAAAAUUUUUUAGAGUAGAUCAUUUUUGCUGUUGCGUUAGCAAGCAUUAGAAUUUCAGUAGUUAAUAAUAUUAAGAAAUUAUAUGCAAAAAAUAGUGAAAGAUGGUCAAGCUAAAGAAUUUACUUUUUGCAUCAAGCAAAAUUUGGGAUAGCUUUCAAUUUAAUAAUAACUGUUUUAUAUAGCUUAAGUCAUCCAUUUACAUUGUUAGAAUAUUUGAAAAAGCUGUUCACAAUUUCUUCUAUUCCUUAUGUUUUUGUAUUCUAUGUGAUAGCAAUUAAACUAUAAUGUUUAACUUCAGUAUUACUUUGGGAUGUUUUAUUUUGGGGAGUGAUUGAUUUGUUAAGAAUAAUAUCAUAUCCUUUUUAAAGGAAGAAUAACAAAGAUGAGAAAGGGUUAUUAGAAUGGAUAAGCAAAUCUAAGUUAUUUAAUACAGUGUUAUUUGCAUCUGUGUUGUUUGGGAUGAUUCUAUUAUUACCAAUAGCAAUAGCAUUAAUCUAUUAGGAUAUAAUGAUCUAUAAGGAAGACUUGAUACCAAAGUUGUAAAAAUAUUAAAUUCCAAAUGAAUAUAAAUAUUAUUUAUCAGCAGACUUCCUUUUAUCCUAAUUUUAAGGACAAUAUCUAUCAGAAGCUUAGAUUCAGCAAUUAUCCACUUACUUAAAUCCUGUUGAUGUUCAGGAUAAUCAUAAAAAUAGUGUAAUCUUUUUGGAAAUCUUUUAUGGAGAACAUGCUAUAAAAAUACUUGAGAGUAUUAAGGAAUGCCAAGAUUCAAAGUAUUGUUAAGCAAAAGUGCUUUUGAAUAAUUUGGAUUUGUUGAAUGAUUAGAUAUAUGAGUAUCUCCAAUACGGCUAUAAUUAUGUUAAUGCUAUUUUGCCCCAAUUAUAAUAAUUUGCAUCAGUGAUUGGGCAGUUCUUAAUAAAAGUAUUUAGUGGAAGUGUAGCAUUUUUAGUGAAAUUCAUAAUCUUUUAAUAGGGUGUGAUGUACUUAUUAACAGAGUCUUCAUUCUACGAUUUAAUUAGUGUGAAUGAGAAGAAGAAUUCAUUUAAAGGAACUCUAGUAUAGAAUAUUAGUAAACAUAUAACAGGAGUAUUUGUAUCCUUAUUUACUAUAUUUAUGUAACACUUUAUGCUAUCUUAUAUGUUUUUGGAUAUAUUAUAAAUAAAAUUAGCAUUCAUAUAAAGUUUUUUGAUUGGAUUGUUAUCAUUAACUUAGAUAGUAGAUCCUGGAUUAACAUAUAUAUUGAUCACAGGAAUUUGGUGGUUGGCUGGAUUUCUAAAUAAUGCUGCUCAUGAGUUUUGUAUCAAUGAUGGAUUAACUAUGCUGUUUGCAAUUGGAUUUUAUUUUUCUUCUAGUUCAAUUUACUUAAAUACAUUUAAAAAAUAAUUAGGAGAUGCAUAUUGGAGUUCAAUGUCUGUAAUUUUAGGAUACAUUUCAUUUAAAUGGUAAGGUCUGUUAAUUGGUCCUUUAUUGAUUGGAGGUGUAAGAACCCUUUAUGAGAUACUGGCCUGGUAUUGGGGAGAAAAGGAAAUCAUGAAGGAUGAUUACACUAUUUAGAAUGAGAAUCAAAAGAUAUAGAAUGAUCCUAAAGCAAUUGAAAAUAAGGGAAAUACAAGCAAGAGUAACUAAAGUAAGAAAGAAGGAAAGAAAAAGAAGGACUGA